AUGAAAAUUUCCAAUAUUCCCACAUCGAUCACCGCGCACAUUCACAUACUCAUUGCUGGAAUAAUUUUAGUAGCCCUUUUGUGUACUGCCGAAGUCUUGAAGAAAUUGGUCAAUAACGGCCGUCGUCUGAAGAAAUCGUGGUUUAAAGUCAAAUCAGUAAAGGAAUACCGUCGUCGUGCAACUCAACAACGAAAUCAGCAUAUAGCCUUAACGAAUGCUCUUCAAUGA